GGAAAAACGUGAGGUCAAACAGGAAAAUGCUAAGCAACUUCCUAUGUUCAAUUAAACAUAAGUGUAACGACAUACGGCCAUACGCGGAAGUGGAGAUAUUGGGUCAGAAUUGUUUAGGUCUUCUUGAUAGUGGAGCCCAGGUUUCCUGUAUAGGGGGCUCGUUAGCUGAGGAAUUGUGUAGAAAGCAGGACCUUCGGCAACACAAAGUAUACGUUUGUACAGCCGAUGGUCAGAAACAAGUUGUAUUUGGCAAUAUUGAACUAGAUGUAAAAUUUAACAAUGAGAGUAAAAAGAUAAUUUUUUUUAUUAUUCCGAGCAUUAAUCAAAAACUGAUUCUAGGAGUUGAUUUUUGGGGAAAUUUCCAAAUCGCUCCUGGGAUUAUACCUGAGAUCAGUUGCGUUUCUAAAGAGAAUUGUGUAGGAGAAGAUGCAAUUCCUCUGUCUGUCCAACAGGAACGUCAGCUAAACCUUGUUAUAAACCGGUUUCCAAACUUUGAAAAAGAAGGAUUAGGGAAAACCCAUUUAAUGGAGCACGUUAUUGAGCUUGAGCCUAAUGCACGUCCGGUGAAGCAAAGAUGGUUUCCGAUAUCGCCAGCGGUAGAAAAGUUAGUGCAUGCGGAAAUCGAUGAGAUGUUGAAGUUGGGAGUUAUCGAGGAAGCACCAAACAGUCCGUGGUCUAGCCCGGUCGUCUUAGUUAGAAAGAGCAACAAAGUUCGCCUUUG